AUGAGUUUCUCUGAUAAGGUAGUCAUUGUGACCGGUGCCAGCUCCGGUAUAGGAGCAGCUACAGCGCUGUUAUUCAGCAAAGAAAAGGCCAACGUUGUAAUAGUGGGAAGAAAUGAAGCUAAACUGAAAACAGUGACGGCUCAAUGUGAAGAAGUUGGAAACAAGCCGCUAGUGAUCAGAGCUGAUGUUUCCGAUGACGAUGAGGCAGCGAGGAUCAUUAAUGAGACCAUCGAGAAGUUUGGGAAACUUGACGUCUUAGUCAACAACGCUGGAUUCGUACGAGGUGGAUCGUUGAUGGAUGGAAAACUUUUACAAGCAUACGACGACUUGAUUAAUACAAAUCUUCGAGCCGUUAUAUGCCUCACGCAGUUGGCGACACCAAAUUUAAUAAAAACUCGAGGAAAUAUCAUUAAUAUAUCGAGUGUGGCUGGUUCAAAAACACUCAGAUCUAAUUAUUUUCUGGCUUACGGUGUAUCAAAGGCUGGUUUGAAUUUGUUCUCCCAAGGUGCCGCCACGGAGCUAGCAGAGCAUGGAGUUCGAGUAAAUGUCAUAAGUCCCGGCCCAGUUGUUAGUGAUAUUUUCGAAAAUUCUAAAUUAGAUUCAGAUUUUAUCAAGAAUUAUAAAAUUAAUACCAUAGGUGAUAGAAUAUCCAGUUCAGAGGAAGUCGGGCAUAUGAUCUUAUAUCUGGCAAGCGAUAAGGCGGCUGGUAUCACUGGUAGUAAUUAUAUUUUGGAUAAUGGAUACUGCUUGUUAAACUGA